AUGGAUCUGCUUAGAGAAUCGGAAUUGAGCGAUACAUUCUUCACGAUUUUAGAUCACACAUUUUGGCUAGCAGCAGCUUAUGCAGAAGCUAUAAGCAGUGCCGUUGAUAACUCUCCAACAGCUACUGCUGAGUCUUCUCAAGAUUUGUUCCGACUACCAACACAGCAAUCAGUGCAGUCAUCUACCUCCUCGCUGAGCAGCUGCAAUGUUUCUGCAAAAAAAUUUAGUUCGGGAAGGAGUUUCUCUACUGCUUACGACUCAGAUGUCUCGUCAUUGAGUCUCAGCAGCGACUGUGUAGAUAUGAAGGUGUUCACCGGUACAAGGGGCAUCCUGGCAGAUGACUCGUCAUUAGACUGCCAGAACAUCCUUCAAGCAGAGGUUGAGGAUUGCGUGGUAUCGAAGCAGUCCUCUCAAGAAGUUCCUGAGUCAUCUUCAACAAAACGAGUCAGCAGCUCCUCUAAUGGGAAAGCGAAGAGAACUACUUCAAAACGAAACGCUACUCGGUCGCCUCUCUUGAGCAGUGAUCUCGAACUUAUAAACACGGAGGCUGACUUGGAAGCGCACCUCGACGUACCUUCUGGUCCAGUACAGAAUGUUGUGAAGAAGUCGACAACUGGCGAUUCACUGAUGAUGCGCUCGCAGAAAAACAUGAACCUCAGGACGUGGACCAUCUUGAAUCAAAUGGAGACGUGGCAAAAACAAUGGAUGGAGUAA